GGAAGGGGUGGUCUUCAGCCAAGCCCUAUGUAGACUUUAAAAGGCGCAGAAGAGAAUGCAGAGUUCCCACUAAAUGCUAAGAAAGUGUGGAGAAAGACAUUAGAAUUAGCUGAAAUAAGUGGUGUUGAGUCUGACCUGUAACAGUUGUGGUCAGGGAUACCUCCAGAAGCCAAGAAAACCUGGUUUUUGGUGUGUGUAUGUAUUAAACGGACACCUUGGCUCUGGCAUUUUUGCUAGGGAACUUUGCCAAGACGAUCCAUUUCUCGCUCUGCAAAAUCAAUCCCAACAGUUUGAGACAGAUCCCUGCCAAACCUGGAAAACAUACAUUUCUGAGAUCGGCUCCGUGAGAGGUGAAGUGAGCUGGGUUUGUUCUGCUCUUCACCCAGUAUCAAAGCUAUAAUGAAGACUAAGAUAUCCCUUGCAAUUCUCAUUUUCUGUCUUGGCACAGCCAGCAGCCUCAAAUGCUGGAAGUGCUUGAGCAGGGAAGGGAAGUGCCCGGAGACCAAAGUGGAGGUUUGUAGUCCUUCCCAAGACGCUUGCUUCUUUGAGAUCAAGAACUUCACUGCUUUAAGUGCAGACACAGUGAAACAGGGCUGUGGCACCUUGAGCCAGUGCCAGAGUUAUCGUGAUGGGUAUAAUGGAUCAUUAUACCAGGGAAUGUAUUGUUGCUCCUCCGAUCUCUGCAAAUCUGUGAAUUAUAAUGUCAACAGAAAAGGAUCCAAAAAUGGUGUGACGUGUCAGAGCUGCAUUGGGAGCACAGCGGAAUGUGGCCUGAAUGGGCCUUCAGAGCCAUGCUAUGGGAGCAUGGACCGUUGCGUACAGAUUUCCCAGCGCUUUCUACCAGGUGAAGAACUGGAACCCAUCAUAAAGGGAUGUGGAGAUAGUUCCUUUACAGAAGCAAUGGUGGAAUACCAGAUUGGCAAAGAUUUCGCCUAUGUUGAUCAAACGGUCUGCAGUCUGUCCAACUGUAACGAGGGUUUUACAGAAAUAACUCCCAGUGAGCUCAAUGGAUUGCAAUGCUAUACAUGCCGGGAUUCAGGGCGUGGGGAGUGCACCCAUGACAGACUGCAGCUGUUGAACUGUGCGGGACUCAUGGAUCAGUGUGUGGAUGUCAUAAACAAUGCAAACAGAGAAUUGCCUGUGACCAUCCAGAAAGGCUGUGCCACAGAGAGCAUGUGCACCAGGUACCUGGAUAUAUAUCGCCCCCUGAUGAGGCAGGAUUCCUAUGCAAAGUGUUGCAAUACAUCUCUCUGCAACCGAGCGGAGAGUCCUUCUGCUCCAGAGAUGCUGAUGAUGGGGACGGCUCUUGCCUCAUGGCUGGUGCUGAUAGCCUGGAAGUAACUGAGGUUGGCUGGAGAAGCCCUCCAGAACAGUUCACGGCCAUUCUACAAAGGCCGGUUUCUACGCGUGACAUAGAAAUAGAUUGUUGUCAUUUCUCGCAUCUGCAAUUCAAAUGCAACUCCUGCGUUGGCUACGAUGUUUGAUUUUAAAUGUCUCCCUUAUCUCUCCCCCCUAUUUGUAUGAACAGCAUUCGCAUGUGCACACAAAUACAGUGAGUGAGGCUGAAAUAUGACUAAUGCCAUGUCAAUAACGAAAGCCCAAUCUUUCUGCAAGGCUCCUUUUUCCCUAUAGGGGGCGGCAAAACUUGCCUGAUGGUAUUGACAAAAUGAAAACCCGCAGUGGGACGAUACCUUUUCUAGGACAAAUCAAAUGCCCACAGAAUUGUGGGGAAACUUUCGUGAUGUUCUUCAUCAGACAAGUCGUUAUGAAAUGCCGGAUUGCGGGGAGGGGGUGGCAUUGAGAGGAAAAGGCUGUCUUGAUGCAAAAGCCAUGAGCGCCGCAUGGUCAGAGGCUUAGACGGAGUGGAGGAAUGGAUCAGACUCUACUAGGCCUCAAACAGAUUGCAGCUUACACUAUAGGGGGUGUCUACACAAGGUUGCAUUGGCACUUUGAACCCGCACUAUCCCGUACUUGCGCUCCUGCCUGG